UGAAAAAUAUUGAUUUUUCUGACUAAAAGUUGUUUGUUGUUUUUUAAAAAAAAUCUUUAUUUAAUGAAUCCAUAAGUAAAGAAGAAAUACGCUUGCUUGUAUUAUUAUAUUAUUAUUUAACCUUCAUAUUUGUCAAUAAUCAUUGCCUUGGCGCUGCGAAACCAUUGCCGCUCACCUGCUAAAAGUGCCACAUAUUACCUUUUCACUACCGAAAGUUCUAAACCAUCCCAUAACUUUAAGUAAAUAAUCAGAAUAAAAUAUGAGUUUGCAAAAUAGAAUUAACCUCGAUGCCCCAAAGUGGCCACAGGAUAAUUUUGUGGGAAGAUUUAAACAUUUUUGGUCAAUAACUGACUGGCGAAAUGGUUUAAAUUCGGAAGAGACAUUUAACAAUGCGAAAAUAUUAUUAAAUUCUUAUAGAUUAGGAAAUGAACCUCCAGGUACAACCACAGAACAAAUUUGGCAUGCAAAAAAGCUUUACGAAUCAUGUUAUCACCCUGACUCUGGUGAAAAAAUGAAUUUAAUUGGAAGAAUGUCAUUUCAAGUACCUGGAGGAAUGUUAAUCACUGGAUGCAUGAUGCAGUUUUAUAGAACAGUUCCUCAAGUUGUCUUUUGGCAAUGGGUUAAUCAGUCAUUUAAUGCUCUUGUCAACUUUACAAACAGAAACGCUAAGUCUGAGAUUAGCAACACUCAGAUUGGUAUUGCAUAUGCAUCAGCAACUAGUGGAGCAAUGGUUGUGGCGCUUGGGCUGAAUUCUUUAGUAAAAACAGCACCUCCAUUAUUGGCUCGCUAUGUACCUUUUGCUGCUGUUGCAGCUGCCAAUUGCAUAAAUAUACCAUUAAUGAGACAAAGAGAAAUCAUAAAUGGAAUAGCUGUUUAUGAUGAGAAUGGAGCAGAAGUUGGAUUCUCUAAAAAUGCUGCAUAUAAAGGAAUCAUGCAAGUAUGUGUUUCCAGAAUUACAAUGGCUGCCCCUGGAAUGUUGUUGAUUCCUUUAAUUAUGCAGAAACUUGAAACAUACCCUUGGAUGCAGAAAAUAAAACCGCUGCAUGCUCCUUUACAAGUGUUACUGUGUGGCAUAAGCUUAACCUUCAUGGUACCUGCAGCUUGUGCAAUGUUUCCUCAAAGAAGCUCGCUUGAAGUUGGUUAUUUAGACCCACACCUGCAACAGUUGCUAUCUCAACGAGGAAUUAACACUGUUUAUUUUAAUAAAGGCUUAUAGACAUAUAUAUAUAUUUUUUUUUUACUUUAAAUUUUUAAUGAUAUAACAUUUAAAAAUAACCUUUUUAAGUUACUAGUAUUUUUUUGCAUUUCACUUCUCAGAUUAUUUAAAGAUCAAAGUUUAAAGAUAUUACAGAACUUACUUGCUAUUUACGAUAAGCCGCGAUAUUAGCUGCCAUAUUAAAUAUUAUUAAAAUAGUUUGUGCUUUUUACGGAGUGUUGCAUUAUUUUAUCUAUUUGUAAAGUCUAAAAACAAAGGGACAAGUUAAGCUAGUUUUUUACUUCUUUUUUCCUUUUUUUUAAGACAAUCGUUUUUUAUGUUAAAUGUGAUUGUUUGCCUCAAUAUCCCAGUAAGCAUAAGACGUAUUUUAGACGUCUAAAUAAACGUAAUACAUAUUAAUACGUAAUUUAAGAGUUUUAAAAACUUCUUGUGCCCAUUGGGAUGCUGAUCGUUUAUGAUAAAAAGUGUUUUUUGUUUUUGUUUUUAAAAAUAACAAUUUUUUUUAGUUUAUUACUCUAUUAGCUGUUAUUAAACAAAAUAAUUUUUACAAAUGUUUGUAAAUGUAAUUAUUAUUAUUUUUUUGCUAUAUGAAAGUAAAGGUUAUGUAAUUAA